AACUUUCCUUUAUACUGUUUCCUGCCAAAUUGUCCCGUUUGUGCUGACACCCAGUACCCACCCACACACUCUUGACGCCAUUAUCGAGCUGCAAAAAGCUUCGAACCAGUGUGUGUUUCUGUGUGAGAGAGAAACAGAGACGUUACAUAGUAUUUCUCGAGGUUCACUUUGUGUAGUCUUUUUGAAAACAGAAGAGUCUUGCAAUUGGAGUUUUGAGUAGAAUGGCUCGUGGGUUUCGACUGAUCUUUGCUACUUCUGUUGUUCUGAUGGUUUUCGGAAUCUGCAACGGAAGCACAAUCGGAAUCUGCUACGGAAGAAACGCAGACGAUCUUCCAACCCCGGACAAAGCAGUAGACCUCAUCAAGAACCAAAACAUCAAUUCGGUCCGAAUAUACGAUUCCAACAUCCAAAUCCUCAAAGCCUUCGCCAACACCGGAAUCGACCUCAUGAUCGGAAUCCCAAACUCCGACCUCCUACCGUUUUCCCAGUUCCAAUCAAACGCCGAUACGUGGCUUCGUAACAGCAUCGUCCCGUACUACCCCGCCACCCGUAUCACCUACAUUACCGUCGGAGCCGAAGUAACCGAAGCCACGGGUAACAUCUCAUCGAUGGUGGUUCCCGCCAUGACGAAUGUGUACAACGCGCUUCGAAAGGCGGGUUUGCACCGUAAGAUCAAAGUCUCGACGACACACUCGUUAGGCGUGUUAUCGCGGUCGUACCCGCCAUCAGCCGGUGCGUUCGACAGUAAACACGCCGGGUUUUUACGACCGUUACUCGAGUUUCUCGCGGACAAACACUCGCCGUUUUUGGUCAACGUGUACCCAUAUUAUGCGUACCGCGAUUCAUCAAAUAACGUCUCGUUAGACUACGCGCUUUUCGAGUCGUCAUCGGAAGUCAUCGACCCUAACACGGGUUUACUAUACAUGAACAUGUUUGACGCGCAGAUCGAUUCGAUUUACUAUGCGCUAACGGGCCUAAACUUCAACACGAUAGAAGUCAAAGUGACCGAAACGGGCUGGCCCUCUAAAGGCUCCCCGAAAGAAACCGCUGCAACGCCUGAAAACGCGCAGACGUACAACACGAAUUUGAUCCGCCAUGUCAUCAACAACACGGGUACGCCAGCUAGGCCCGGUGAAGCACUGGACGUUUACAUCUUUUCGUUGUUUAACGAGAACCGAAAGCCCGGGUUGGACUCUGAAAGGAACUGGGGCUUGUAUUAUCCGGAUCAAACGAGUGUUUAUAACGUCGAUUUUACCGGAAAAGGUACGGUUGAUGUGAAUAAUGGGGGGAAUUUGACUAGUUUGAAUGGUGUUUCGUGGUGUGUUGCUGACCCGAAUGCUUCGGAGGAUGAUUUGAGAAAUGGGCUGGAUUGGGCUUGCGGGUCUGGGAAUGUGGAUUGUUCACCGGUCCAGCCCAGUCAGCCCUGUUUCGAGCCUGAUAGUUUGGUGUCGCAUGCUUCGUAUGUUUUUAAUAGUUAUUAUCAGCAAAAUGGUGCUACUGAUAUCGCUUGUAGCUUUGGAGGAACGGGCGUCAAAACCGAUAAGAAUCCAAGUUACGACAAUUGCUUGUACAUGACAGCCGGGAGUAACAAUAACAUAACUGCUGCAAGUAACAUCACUGCAAAUUCGCAUGCAAAUGCACAUUCGAACUCUUCAGGGCAAAGAAGGUUUUCACUUCCGAAUUAUCAUUGCUUUCUACUUGUAAUUGUAUUCGUGAUGAUUCAAUCUCUCUCGACCAAUGUCUAAAGAGACCGUGUUCGAGUAUGUAUGUUGCCAUUUUAUGGUAGCCAUGUCACUAGCAUGAUGUUAAAUAUUACCUAGUUUUGUAAGAUAAGGGUAGUAGACAAAUGUUGUAAACAUGUAUCAUGAAAAUGAAUCGAAUGUGAGAACUGCAUGUUUAUUUAGCGUUGUUGUAUUGAAAGCUCGGUUUUUAUAUC